AGCGGAUUCUCCAUGUAUGGAUGCGCCGAGGAAAGGGAUGCUGUAAGCUGACCAACGACGGAGAGAGAGACACGUAAUAAUAAAGCUACUGAGGGGAUUCAAGAAAGAAGCACCGGAGGAUCCUGGCGCUGCUUUGAAUGGGCGGAGGAUCCAACCCCUGCGAUCGUUGAGUUCUGAGUUGAGGUGCCAGGUGUGUGUGUGUGUGCAGCCACACAGAUCUACAGCCCCCCUCCUCACUCGCACACCCUCCUUUCGACAUGGCGGUGGCUUCGGUGAAGGUGGCCGUAAGGGUCCGGCCCUUUAACUCCAGAGAGAUUGGGAAGGACAGCAAGUGCAUCAUUCAGAUGUCGGGAAACACCACAACAAUCCUGAACCCCAAGCAGCCCAAAGAGAACAAGAGUUUCAACUUUGACUAUUCUUACUGGUCACACACCACGCCCGAGGACCUCAGCUUUGCUUCUCAGAAGCAGGUGUACAGGGACAUUGGGGAGGAGAUGCUGCUUCACGCCUUUGAGGGCUACAACGUGUGCAUAUUUGCAUACGGGCAAACGGGAGCGGGCAAAAGCUACACUAUGAUGGGAAGACAGGAGCAGGACCAGCAAGGAAUUAUACCUCUGCUGUGCGAGGACCUUUUCACCAAAAUCCAUGGCACCAAUACCGACAACAACAUGUCUUACUCAGUGGAGGUGAGUUACAUGGAGAUCUACUGUGAGCGCGUGCGUGACCUACUCAAUCCCAAGAACAAAGGAAACCUGCGUGUCCGAGAGCACCCUCUGAUGGGACCCUACGUCGAAGACCUGUCCAAACUGGCCGUCACCUCGUUCAACGACAUCCAGGACCUGAUGGAGUCUGGAAACAAGGCCAGGACUGUAGCUGCUACCAACAUGAACGAAACCAGCAGCCGCUCCCACGCCGUCUUCAACAUCAUCUUCACACAGAAGAAGCACGACAUGGAUUCGGAGAACACCUCAGAAAAGGUCAGCAAGAUCAGCCUGGUGGACUUGGCUGGCAGCGAGAGAGCCGACUCAACCGGAGCCAAAGGAACCAGACUUAAGGAAGGAGCAAACAUCAACAAAUCUCUGACUACACUGGGAAAAGUUAUUUCUGCUCUGGCUGAACAAGACUCCGUACCAAACAAGAACAAGAAAAAGAAGAAAGUGGAGAAUUUCAUUCCCUACAGAGACUCGGUUCUGACUUGGCUUCUGAGGGAGAACUUGGGAGGAAACUCUCGUACAGCCAUGGUGGCUGCCCUCAGCCCUGCGGACAUCAACUACGACGAGACUCUCAGUACCCUCAGGUACGCUGAUCGUGCCAAACAGAUUCGCUGUAAUGCCGUGAUCAACGAGGACCCCAACAACCGUCUGGUGCGUGAGCUGAAGGAGGAGGUGGCCCGCCUCAGAGACCUGCUGUUUUCACAAGGCCUGGGGGACAUCAUAGAGACAUAUCACUGCAACGGCCCGGUCAUCGCUGGUUUGAAAUACCUGUGCGAUUACAAGAACUUUGUGAAUAAUCGCCAGGCUGUCAAUCAAAGGGGUGAUCUCUCCGCAGUGUCCAAUGCCAUGACAGGAAUGAGCCCCUCCCCCUCACUCUCGGCGCUGUCCAGUCGCGUCGGGUCCAUCAACAACCUCCAUGACCGCAUCUUCAGCCCGGCCAGCGAGGAGGCCAUCGAGAGGCUCAAGGAAACUGAGAAAAUCAUCGCAGAGCUCAAUGAGACUUGGGAAGAGAAGCUGCGACGUACUGAGGCCAUCCGCAUGGAGAGGGAGGCCCUGCUAGCUGAAAUGGGUGUUGCCAUGAGAGAAGAUGGAGGAACUUUGGGCGUUUUCUCCCCAAAAAAGACGCCUCAUCUGGUGAACCUGAACGAGGACCCACUGAUGUCAGAGUGUCUGCUGUAUUAUAUUAAAGACGGCCUCACCAAGGUUGGCCGCGAAGAUGCCAAGUCUCGGCAGGACAUUGUUCUCAGCGGCCAUUUUAUCAGAGAUGAACACUGCACCUUCAGCAGCACCACUGGUCCUCUGGGAGAAGAAUGUGUCCUCCUGGAGCCAUGUGAGGGGUCGGAGACGUACGUCAACGGGAAGCGAGUUAGCUCUCCCACAGUUCUCCGAUCUGGGAACCGCAUCAUCAUGGGAAAGAGCCACGUGUUCCGCUUCAACGACCCGGAGCAAGCUCGCCUGGAGCGAGAGAAGACGCCGUGCGCCGAGACGCCGGUCGAGCCCGUCGACUGGGCCUUCGCUCAGAGAGAGUUGCUGGAGAAACAGGGCAUCGACAUGAAGCAGGAGAUGGAGCAGAGACUUCAAGAGCUUGAAGAUCAGUACCGUAAAGAAAGAGAAGAAGCCAGCAACCUGCUGGAACAACAGAGACUGGACUAUGAGAGUAAACUGGAGGCCCUUCAGAAACAAGUGAACUCUCGGUACCUGGAGUCUCCUGAGGAAGAAGAGGAACCUGAAGAGGAAGUGCCGUGGACGCCUCGUGAGACUGAGUUGGCUUUGUGGGCUUUCCGGAAGUGGCGUUUUUACCAGUUCACUUCUCUCCGGGAUUUGCUCUGGGGCAACGCUAUCUUCCUUAAAGAGGCCAAUGCCAUCAGUGUGGAGCUAAAGAAAAAGGUUCAGUUCCAGUUUGUCUUGUUGACGGACACUCUGUACUCUCCCUUGCCCCCCGACCUGCUGCCCCCGAGCAUAGCCAAAGAGAGGGAGAGGCGACCUUUCCCCCAAACCAUUGUUGCUGUUGAAGUGCAAGAUCAGAAGAACGGAGCCACACAUUACUGGACUCUGGAGAAGCUCAGACAGAGGCUGGACCUGAUGAGGGAAAUGUACGAUCGUGCCGCGGAGCUCCCCAGCAGUGGUGUGGAGGACUGUGACCACGCUCUGAGCGGGGGCGACCCCUUCUACGACCGCUUCCCCUGGUUCCGUCUGGUUGGCAGGGCUUUUGUGUACCUGAGUAACCUGCUGUACCCGGUGCCCCUGGUACACCGCGUGGCUAUCGUCAGUGAGAAAGGGGAGGUGAAAGGCUUCCUCAGAGUGGCCGUGCAGGCCAUCUCAGGUACAAACACAGCUGAUGAAGAGGCCCCUGAUUACGGCUCUGGUGUGAGGCAGUCAGGCACUGCCAAGAUCUCCUUUGAAGACAAACAGUUUGAGAAGUUCCAGACUGAGUCGUGUCCUGGCGGCCUCCCCCACUCCAACACCUCCCAGGAGGAGCUGCGAUUUGUGGAGGGCGAGGGACAGAACGCAGAGAUAGGGAUCUCUGCUGAUGAAGUCAACAACAACACCUGUCCAGAGACUCCCCGCAGCCCGGUGAAGACUUCAGGUCUGGGUCUGGAUCUUCCUUUGGACCUUUCCCCGGAGAAAGCUCUGUCACACCUGAAGAUCGGCAGCACCUUCACCUUCAGAGUCACCGUCUUACAGGCCUCCAGCAUUUCAGCCGAGUACGCCGACAUCUUCUGCCAGUUCAACUUCAUCCAUCGCCAUGACGAGGCUUUUUCCACUGAGCCACUGAAGAACACGGGCAGGGGACCUCCGCUGGGCUUCUACCAUGUGCAAAACAUCACAGUGGAGGUGACAAAGUCCUUCGUGGAGUACAUCAAGACUCAGCCCAUCGUCUUCGAGGUGUUUGGUCAUUAUCAGAAACAGCCUUUCCCGCCGCUCUGCAAAGACCUGAUUAGUCCGCUGCGACCUUCCAGGAGGCAGUUCCCCAGGGUGAUGCCCUUAUCCAAACCAGUGCCGGCAACAAAGCUCAGCACUCUGACUCGCUCCACCGCAGGACCGUGUCACGCCAAAUACGACCUGAUGGCCUUCUUUGAGAUCUGUGAGCUGGAAGCUAACGGAGACUACAUCCCAGCUGUUGUUGACCACAGAGGAGGGAUGCCCUGCCACGGCACGUUCCUCUUACAUCAGGGCAUCCAGAGGAGGAUCACAGUCACCAUCGCUCAUGAAACAGGAAAUGAUAUAGAGUGGAAAGAGGUGAAGGAGCUGGUUAUUGGCCGUAUUCGAAACACACCCGAGGCCGAUGAGACCAUCAUAGACCCCAACAUCCUUUCCCUCAACCUCCUGUCUUCUGGAUACUUCUGGCCAAAACACAACGACAACGUCUCCUUGGGAGUUGACCAUAGAACUUUCUACCGAUUCGAGGCGGCAUGGGACAGCUCCAUGCACAACUCUCUGCUUCUGAACAGAGUCACUCCCUACGGGGAGAAGAUCUACAUCACCCUGUCUGCUUAUCUGGAGAUGGAAAACUGCACUCAGCCGACAGUGAUCACCAAAGAUUUCUGCAUGGUGUUUUAUUCCCGUGAUGCGAAGCUGCCGGCCUCUCGCUCCAUCAGGAACCUCUUCAGCACCGGCUGCCUCCGGCCCUUGGAGAGUAACCGUGUCACUGGAGUCUAUGAAGUCACACUUUGCCACGUGGCGGACAAUGGGAGUCCAGGCAUGCAGCGCCGUCGCAGGCGCGUGCUGGAUACCUCGGUGGCGUACGUCCGAGGGGAGGAGAACCUGGCUGGAUGGAGGCCUCGCAGUGACAGCCUCAUCUUGGACCACCAGUGGGAGCUGGAGAAACUUAGUUUGCUGCAGGAGGUGGAGAAGACCAGGCACUACCUGCUGCUGAGGGAGAAGCUGGAGGCCACUCUGCUGGCGGGACAGGAUGCGCUUUACAAAAGCAGCGACAUCAGCGACUUUGCCAAGAGUCCCGUCCUGGCCCCCAGUCCCGGCAGCAGCCCGGCCUUCGACAGCCCCAACCAGAGGCAGAGGGAGCUGGCUGCCAAGUGUCUGCGUCUGCUAAUGCACACCUUCAACAGGGAGUACAGCCAGGUGAGCAGCAGUGCCAGUGAGAGCAAGCUUUCUGAGAUGUCUGCGUCGCUAAUGAGCGACUCCUCGUCUGGACUGAGCACGCUAACUCCGUCCUCUACCUGCCCCUCCUUGGUUGAAGGAAAUUAUGACAUCAGACACACUGAACCCAGUUCUGGUGCUUCCACACCUGAUCUGGACCCGUACAGCCCUGUGGACAGAAAGAAAGCCCUCAGAGGAUGCACCUUUGUUCCUGACAUACAGGAGAUCCGUGUCAGCCCCAUUGUUUCAAAAAAGGGUUACCUGCACUUCCUGGAGCCCCACACCAGCGGCUGGGUGAAGCGCUUCGUGGUGGUGCGCAGGCCCUACGUCUACCUGUACCGCAGCGAGAGGGACAGCGUGGAGCGAGCUGUCAUCAACCUGUCGUCUGCGAAGGUGGAGUACAGCGAGGACAAACAGACCUUACUGCGGACACCCAACACGUUUGCUGUGUGCACUGAGCAUCGUGGGAUACUGCUGCAGGCCACCAACGACAAAGAGAUGCACGACUGGCUGUACGCCUUUAACCCUCUGCUAGCUGGCACCAUCAGGUCAAAGCUCUCCCGGAGAAAGUCGGUCCAGUCGGUCCAGUCGGUGCCGUCUGCCAUGAGGAUGUGAGAGGUGAACAGGCCUGGUGGAAAACAACAAACAAACAUACAAAACAAUACAAUCUAAAGGCUCAACUCAGAACCUGGCUCUAAUGAACAUAGACAACCCAUAAACAACUUAUACUCAAACCACAUGAAAUAAAACCCCUCUCUGGGACAACUGUCCCACUCGCAAACAUCACUAUAUCGCUUGUCCCUGAAAGCAACCAAACUGUCUUUUCUCUCUCUUGUAAGUCGCCACCUUGACCCCCUGCAUGGCGUGCUCCCUCCUCACCUUUAGCAGGUACACAAGACAAACUAAGCACCCAAACCUGUUAACAAACUUACUCCUGCUCAGCGUUGAGACCUGUUUUUUUAUCAGCUUUCAUGUACAAAUCUGUAAGGCUACCAGACCCCUGUAGAGAGUUAGUAUGUGAUCCAUCUCUCCUUUAUUCAUAAUAACUGAAAGUAAUUCCCAGUUUUAAAUCAGCCACUCAUUUCUUUUUAAUUAACGCCAUCAGGAGAGGGGGAAAUUCCCAUCAUCCAAUGGGAUGUUUUGCUUUGUAGAGUUGUGUUGUAGAGUGCAGGGAUGAUUGCUCCAUACAACCAUCAUAUAUAGCACAUUACCUCAGUUUGGAUUGGCUUGGUGCUCUGCAGCAUCAAGUAUUUGUUUCUCCGCGUAGGUUUCAGAUAGCAAACAGAUGAGUUAUUUUCACAUUGAAGUAGCACGAGGGAUUGGGAUUGGGAUUGGAAGUGUUUGUUGGCCAGAUUAAGGCGAAACAAUUCAUUACCAGGAGAGAAAACUCAUGUCCUUCUUGUUACCGCCUUUUUUAAUAAUGUAUAAUCCCCUGUGCAUAGAACUAUGAUGUAAAGUUAAUUUAUUGUGAUAUUAUAAGUUUCCUGCACUGCUAUUUAUUUGUGACAGGACCACUGAUCCGUUUUGUUGCAUGGCACUUUAUCGUCUGUAUUGAGUUUAUGCAUUUUAUCAUUUACUCAGUUAUUUUGACCAAAGCGUUUUCUUUUUGUUGUUUGUUGUAAAUCAUUUUCCAAUGGCCUACUGUGUUAGCAAAUAUUUAAGAUAUAGUUUGCUAUAGGGAAAAACACUUGUUUAUUUUCUUGCCGAGAGUCAGAUAAGAAGAUUGAUACAGCAGAAUGAGGCAGGUAGUGUUUUUGCAGUUAGCUUAGCGCAGAGACUGGAGGUAGAAGUAGACAGCUGGCCCUGUCUAAAAGUAAAUCCCCCCAAUAACAGGUUAUAUUACGUUUGUUUGAUCUGUACACAAACCCCACACCUAAAAAUGACAGUCUCAGAUUUAACAUGAAAUCAUGUGCUUGGCGACCUCCAGGACAAACAAAGAUACAAAUUAGGGAGCUUUAGAGGUGCUGGUAGCCUGAUCAAAGUAUUUUAAUUUCUCCACAUCGGCCAGCGCUAUGUCCAAUUGCAACUUUUGGCAAGACAGUGAAUAAAUAUAUUUCCUAUAUCUAUGGCACUAAAAACGUGUCAGUUAUACCUAAGUUGACCCAAGACUUUUUACAUGGUAAAUAGGCUUCUCCAGAAGCACAACUGUUAUAUGCUAGUUCAAAAUGAUGAGGGGGAGCUGUCAGAUAUCAACAAAUAAUAUAAAAAAGUAGGUUUCCUUUAGUGAAAAUAGGAGCUGUUGGGUUUUUGUUACCUUAGAGUCAGCCAUUUAUGUCCACAUACAGAGACGGUCCUCUUCAUAGAGUCUGUUGGGCCGCCACGUUUCGACAGUAGCCUGGAGCGGACGGGCCAAACACUGGCUUUAGGUAGCGUCUUCUGCGUUUUUUUGCCGUGGUUACCAUAGUUACACACGCUGGGCACACGGGGGACGUUUCAGUUGGUUGAAAUCUGCAACCUCACCGCUAGAUGCCGCCAAAACCCACCCACUGGCCCUUCAACCUUAAUCAAAUAAGCACUUAUUCUGUCUGUUAUGGGCCAGCAGAGCGCCGCGGUCUCAUCUAGUAGCUUCAUGGAAAGUUGUGAUCAAACAUGGACCUGUUGAAGGUUGCUUUGAGUGGGCAGGAGCGUUGUCCAUGCACCAGAUAGUGCCUCCCUUUCUUCACCUCUUUUUCUUCUCUCCCUCCUUUAUUAUUGUUGUCUUUAACAUCAACACUGAAAUUAGCGACACUGUCCAAAAUUAAGCUUUUAUGUAGAAUAAAAGUAGAUGCUGUGAAUCUUUUUUUAUAUUGAUGAUCAAUGUUUUGGAGAGUGAAUAUUAUCGAUGAUGCUCUAGAGUAUGUUGGUGUAGCCUGUAACAGUACAGUGUGUGUCUCAUAAUCAUCCCCUGUAAAUGUUGCAUUAAAAGAGAAAUCCCCCUCUUAGCUGUUGUACUGUUGCUGCUAAUGUAGAUAUUUAAGCUUGAUGCUUGUGUCAGAAACCGGUACAGUAUGAUUAGCUUGGUGUUGUUAUGACUUCAAUCUCCAGGGAUGGUUUCUAGAUGCUUUUACAUGCUCUGUGUUAUUUUACAUUAUACCAAAAUGACCCCAAAUGUUGGCUUGAGAUUUUUAGUAUUAGUGGAAAAGGUCAACAAGAAAUAGUUUUACUGUGGACAUCAUUAUUUUUUUCUAUUGCAUCUGUUUUUCACACUGUUUUUUUGUAACUCAAAGACAUGGUCAGCCAACCAUUUUGUCUCUCCCCUUUUCCUCUUGGUUACGGACAUCUUUUUGCAAAACCUGAUUUAUAAUGAGAUGACUGAACGUAUUCAGGACUGUACACCACAGGCCAAACAACCUGAUGAGCAAAGCAGCCGAGUAUCAAAGUCGGACAAAAAGAAAAGUCACAUUUCAUAUUUAACUUUGAUGUUACAUCAGGCUUCUUUCAUUAUGUGUAUAUAGUCUGUUAGCAAAAUAUGAACUGGGAUUACGUUUUUCCUUUCUGGGUCAUUUUGGUAUAAUCAACUUUUAUGCUUAUAUAUAUAUACACAUAUAUUUUCUGUAUGUUGUCUGCUGAAACAGAAGACAAAUGGAGAGUUUUAUUUAUAAAGUUUAGAAGAAUGGAUUGAUCAUGUUCAUAAAGUAUAUUGCACCCAUGCACAAGGCAUCCUUAUUUAUUAUGAUUUUGUAUGAUGAUGGUUUAAGAAUGUAUGGAAAGUACUGGAUUUGAGUUUAAUACAACCCUGUCCUGAAGGAAGAAGAUUAAAUGACGAAUCUCUGUUUUUUUUUGCUUUAGCAAUCAAAAAACCAACAACGCUGCACCAAACUGCAUUGGUUUUUGUUUGGUUUUGUGUGCAGAUGACUCCCAAUGCUUCCAGCCCUUAUUGUUUGACAGUGUAAUAUUUGAAAAAUACUCUUUGUGAGACAGUUUUGAUGCACUGGCCAAUAAUUGUUGAAGGAGAAAUGAGUUGAUGCGUUUGCAUUUGGCUGCUUUUUGGGUCUUAGCAUGCAGGUCCACUUAUCUUCCGCUGUCCCCGGUCCCUCUCUCCGGCCUUACCGCUUGCUAAUGACCACACCCCCCCCCCCUUCCCUCUCACGCCCCUCCCCUGAAGUGCUGCUUGUAAAGUAUUGUCAUCCAUGACCCUUGUUUGGACAAACUGGAAACCUUCCUCUCGGCUCUGUCUUGUAUAUAAAUGAUUUUCUGUGUUGGGUCUCGUCACACAGAUGAUAUUAACUCUCUCUUCCUCUAUACCAACAUCAAUAAGAAUAGCUGGCCUGCUGCUUUGUCAAGGCUCGCCCCAGAGUAAAGAGUGCUGAUCCGGGAUCAGUUUUGCACAUUUCCGCUCAGUGUGGGUGAGGUGGCCGUGGAGGACCGGGUUGAUGGUCCCAGGUCUGCCACUCUUGCUUUGCGCUGCUUGACAGAAGCAGAAGCAGCUGUACGUCUGUGAUGAAGUCUUAAUCUCAGUGCUCACGUUUAUCUUUUGAGUGUUCCGGAGUUCUUUAUCAUGUCUGUGGACACGUAACAAAAAUUGUCAAGAAAAAAUACGGCGAAUAAAUAAAUGAGUGUUGAAAAUGA